GCUGCUCUGGAAACGAUGGCGGAUGUGGAUUUUUCAUCACCUAAGAAACACAAGAAAAAGAAAGAAAAGAAAGUAGAAAAUGUUGGGGAUAUUCAGGAGACAACUGACUUCUUAAUUAAGCCUGAAUCCAAAGUCGCCACUCUAGAUACCUCGGAAUGGCCAUUGUUACUUAAGAAUUUUGACAAGUUAAACAUUCGAACAGCUCAUUACACUCCACUGCCUAAUGGAUCAAAUCCCUUGAAAAGGAACAUUCAUGACUAUGUCAGGUCGGGAUUCAUUAAUUUAGAUAAGCCUGCAAAUCCAUCAUCGCAUGAAGUAGUUGCCUGGAUUCGGAGGAUCCUAAGAGUAGAGAAAACUGGUCACAGUGGCACCUUAGACCCAAAAGUAACCGGUUGCUUGAUAGUUUGUGUAGAACGUGCAACACGAUUGGUCAAGUCUCAGCAAAGUGCUGGCAAAGAGUAUGUGGGUAUUGUUCGGCUGCACAAUGCUAUUGAGAAUGAACUUCAGCUUAGCAGGGCAUUGGAGACACUUACUGGUGCCUUGUUCCAAAGACCACCUCUUAUUGCAGCAGUUAAACGUCAGCUGAGAGUUAGAACCAUUUAUGAAAGCAAGCUGAUAGAAUAUGAUCCAGAAAGGAGAUUAGGUAUCUUUUGGGUAAGCUGUGAAGCAGGAACAUAUAUUCGAACACUGUGUGUUCAUCUUGGUCUUGUAUUGGGUGUUGGAGGACAAAUGCAAGAACUUCGAAGAGUCCGAUCUGGAGUCUUGGGAGAAAAGGAUAAUAUGGUCACUAUGCAUGAUGUACUUGAUGCUCAGUGGCAGUACGACCAUAACAAGGAUGAGACCUACCUGAGAAGAGUUAUCUUUCCAUUGGAAAAGCUGCUUAUAUCACAUAAACGACUUGUAAUGAAGGACAGUGCGGUGAAUGCCAUAUGCUAUGGUGCUAAAAUAAUGUUGCCCGGUGUCCUGCGAUAUGAAGAUGGAAUAGAAAUGAACCAGGAAAUUGUGGUUAUAACAACGAAAGGAGAAGCCAUUUGCAUUGCAAUUGCCUUGAUGACUACAGCUGUAAUUUCUACUUGUGACCACGGUAUUGUAGCCAAGAUCAAGAGAGUGAUAAUGGAGAGAGACACCUAUCCCCGGAAAUGGGGGUUGGGUCCCAAGGCAAGUCGGAAAAAGAUGAUGAUUAAGCAAGGUCUGCUGGAUAAAUAUGGCAAGCCAAAUGAAAGUACUCCAGCUGAGUGGAAGGGCGAAUAUGUAGAUUACAGAAUGAAGCAAGCUGAAAUGCAAAAAGAACUGGAAGAAACUGCAAAGAGGAAACGAGUAAGUGAAAGUGAAGAAGAAGCCUCUCCAUCAGUGCCUGCUACACCUCAAACUGAAGAGAGUAAAAAGGAAAAGAAGAAGAAGAAAAAAGAAAAGAGGAUAAAGUUAGAAGAAGCAGCCGCAGCGGCCUUGGAAGAAACACAAGAAGUUGAGGAGGCUGAAAGUGUGAAAAAGAAAAAGAAGAAAAAGAAAAUAAAGGAAGAACCAGAAAGUGACUGAGCACAAACGUGAGGGUUUGUAACUGCUACAGUUAAGUAGAACUAAGGGCAGUCUCAAAGACAUUGUAAAAAAAAUUCAGAAAAACUCCUUGUGGAGUUCCUUUAACUGCCAAGGUUACUGGAGGAUAUUUGGUAAAUGACUGACCUGUUGGACAAACCAACAUUGUGAACAAGGCACCUUUCAGGGAGUGCCUUCUUUCUUUUUCCUUCAGCUAUUUCUGAAACCUCCAUACCUAUGAAUCUGUAUUGUGUAAAAACAAUUGAAAACUGGCAUAAAUUUAAAGGGAGAACAGCCUUGACAAUUGUACAAACCUCAGGUGGGAGUUUGUCACCGUCCGUGUGGCGGAGUGCCACACACAACGAGAAUGGGAGAUAUCAAGCAAAUAGCCCAGCAAGAGUGAGUUGUUAAAAACAAAUACUAUUCAAGAAAGAGUGAGUAUUUUUGUAUUGUACAUAGAAAUAUCAAUUUGUACAAUGUGAUGUAUAAAUUGUGCAUAAUGGUUUUUGGUUCAAUCUUUUUUUUAAAUAAAUUUCUUUUAAUAUUUAAAAA